UUUUUUUAGUGAUCUUGAACGAGAACUUAGUGAUAAACAAGCAAGUGCACAAUUAUUAGAACGAGAAGUAACCGAUGGUCGAAGACGUUGUACUGAACUUGAAGAAGAACUUGAUCAAGUUAAUAAAGAUAUUGGUGAAGCUCGUUCUGAUCGAAAUGAAACAAGUCGUGCACAACGACGUGCAGAACUUAUUGAAAAUCUUAAACAAUUUCCUGGUGUGUAUGGUCGUUUGAUUGAUUUAUGUGAACCAACACAUAAACGUUUUCAAAUGGCUAUAACAAAAGUUCUUGGUCGUAAUAUGGAUUCAAUUGUUGUUGAACGUGAAACAACAGUACAAUCAUGUUUACGUUAUAUGAAAGAACAUCGUUAUGAACCUGAAACAUUUUUACCACUUGAUUAUAUUAAAGUAACACCAAUUAAUGAACAACUUCGAGAAUUACAAGAACCAAAAAAUGUUAAACUUAUACUUGAUGUUAUUAAAUAUGAUAAACAAUAUUAUAAAGCAUUACUUUAUGCAUGUGGUAAUGCACUUGUUUGUGAUAAUGAUGAUGAUGCUCGAAAACUUGCAUAUGAAAGUGGAAAUCAAAAAAAUAAAGUUGUUUCAUUAAAUGGUACACUUUUUAGUAAAUCAGGUAUUAUAUCAGGUGGAUCAAGUGAAUUAAAAGCUCGUGCUAAACGUUGGGAUGAAAAACAUCUUGAUACAUUACGUUUACGUAAAGAUAAAUUAUUUGAUGAAUAUAAAGAACAACAAAAGAAAAAAAGACGUGAAGCUGAAUUAAUUAAUGCACGUGCACAAUUACAACAACUUGAAAGUCGUUUACGUUAUUCGAAAACAGAUAAAGAAACAGCAGAAAAAAAACUUCGAAUUUUAAUGGAAAAAGAUCUUGUCGAUUUACAAACAAAACUUAUUCAAUAUGAACCAAGAAUCAAUGCUUUACAAGCAUCAAUUGAUGAAAGAGAAAAACUUAUAUCAAAAUUACGUAUAGAAAAAAAUAAAAUUGAAGAUGCUGUAUUUACUGAAUUUUGUAAACAAAUUCGUGUAGCUAAUAUUCGUGUAUAUGAAGAUCGAGAAUUACAAGCAGCUGAAAAACGAGCACAAGAACGUUUAGAAUUUGAAAAUCAAAAAACAAAAAUUCAAACAAUGCUUGAAUUUGAACGAUCUCGUGAUACAGCUGGUCAUGUUGAACAAAUAAAACAAGAAGUUUCAACAUUAGAAGAUGCUUUACAAAAAUGUCAAAAAAAUGAAAAAAAAUAUCGAAAAAUUAUUGAAGAUCUUCAACAUGAAAUUGCUGAUAUAAAAGAUCGUUUAUUAGAUCAUAAGAAAAAAAUUGAAUUUCAAGAACGUGAAAUAGCUGAAUGUACAAAACGUGCAACACAAUUAAAUAAAGAUUAUAAUGAACAACGAAAACGUUUACAACUUAUUGAAAGUGAUAUUGAAAAAUUACGUUUAGAGCGACAUAAUUAUUAUCGUACAGCUAAAUUAAAUGAAAUUUCAUUACCAUUUCGUGGUAAUGCUGGUUCAAUGGCAGCUAUAUCACUUGCUGAAACAUCUUCAUCUGAUGAUACAAGUGUAGUAAGUAGUCAAACACAAAAUAAUUCUACAACAACAAUAUCAAUGACACAAUCAUCAACAACAACAACUGAUUCAUCAACAAUAUCAAAUGGUGAUGGUAUAUUAACAAGUCAACAAGAUACAAAACAAAUAUAUGAUUUAGAAGAUCGAUUUGAAUUAAAUUUUAAACGUUUACGUGAUGAUUUAAAAAAAAUAAAUUAUGAACAAAUUGAUAAAGAAGAAAAAUUAUUAAUUAAACAAUUAUCUGAUAUUGAAAUACAAUUACAAAAACAUUUACCACAAACAUCAACUAUAGAUGCACGUUCACGUGAAGUUAAAACAACAUUUGAAUUAACAAAUGCUGAAUUUGAACGUGCACGUAAUGCAGCUAAACGUGCACGACAAGCAUUUGAAAAAGUUAAAAAAGAACGUUAUGAUCGUUUUAAUGCACUUUAUGAACAUGUAUCAUCAUGUAUUGAUGAUAUUUAUAAAUCUUUAACAAAUUCACAAGCUGCUGUUGCUUGUUUAACAGCUGAAGAUGCUGAAGAACCAUAUCGUGGUGGUAUAACAUAUAAUUGUGUUGCACCUGGUAAACGUUUUCAAGCUAUGGAAAAUUUAUCUGGUGGUGAAAAAACUGUUGCUGCUAUAUGUCUUUUAUUUGCAUUAAGAAGUUUUAAACCAGCUCCAUUCUUCUUACUUGAUGAAGUUGAUGCUGCUCUUGAUAAUACAAAUAUUGGUAAAGUAGCUGAUUUUAUUCGUGAACAAUCAGCAUCAGAAUUUCAAUGUAUUGUUAUAUCAUUAAAAGAACAAUUUUAUUCACGUGCUGAUGCACUUGUUGGCAUUUAUCCUGAACCCGGCGAUUGUAUAACUAGUCAUUGUCUUACAUUAGAUUUAAAUCAAUUUGAUGAACGAGAAAAUAUUGCAAAUACUCGUAGUUAA